AUACAGGCAUAUGGUAUUGUUAAAGCCAUCCGACGUUCAUCCGAGUUGAGAUAUUCUUUGUGGAAACUGGAAAGAGUGAAAGUUAAAAAGUAUAGUAGCGCAGCCCUAUAAAGUGAAACUAUUCAUGUUACUGUCCGGACGGCCUAUUGGUAAUGUGAUCUUUAGAGCCAAUUAUUCGUGUUCACAAGGGGGAAAAUGGAGCUUGUGGUCCUCUUAUUAAAUUCUUUUCCUUUUUCAUCUUUCUAUCAAAGGGUUGUAGUCUUCUUCCUCUUGACUGCUAGCUAGCUAGUUCCAUCGAUCCUUUCUUUUUCUCCUUGGUUGUCUUCCUUCGUUUUGCAAAAAUGGCAACAAGCAGAGCUGAGGGAAAGAGGAGCUUCAAGUACAAGGCAGUGGAGGAAGAGGAAGAGGAGGAGGAGGAUGUUGGUGAUUUAGGAUUUGGAGAGGACGAGAAGAAGAAGCAGAGAGAAAUGAUGACUUCCUCUAGCAAGAGAGCUUAUGGCAGUGGAGGGUCAACGCCGGUCGUUGUUUGCCAGGUGGAGAAUUGCAAAGCUGAUUUCGCCGAUGCCAAGCCGUACCACCGGCGUCACAAGGUCUGUGAACUUCAUGCUAAGGCUCCGGCUGUCCAUCUUCAUGGUUUCCAGAAAAGGUUUUGCCAGCAAUGUAGCAGGUUCCAUUUGUUAUCGGAGUUUGAUGAAAACAAGAGGAGUUGUCGGAAACGGCUAGCCGGACACAAUGAGAGGCGACGGAAAAGUUUUUCUGAUGUCCAUGGAGAAGGCUCACAUUGAAAAGGAUUAUUAACUGUAGGCUAGCUGCAAGAUCAGAGGUACAAAGAUCUAUUGUAAAGGGCUCUCUCUCUUCUGUCAGUACGUCGUUAAUCGGCUUCUCUAUGCAUUUAUGCUCGAGUCUGUUUAUACAAUGAUACACUUAUUCAAAGUCUCAAAUUAUUCAAUAUUAAUGACUAACCUUUAGGAUGAGGUUUCUAUGUUUGUUCCUUUUAAA